GGAUUCUGCGCUCCUGCUGCCCCUCCCAGGCCGCUGUCCGGACGAGCCGGUCCAGGCUUGUCGGCAGGAAGCGUGACGCAGCACCUGGAAGGGGGAGCCAGCCCCGAGCGGGAGCGGACGCGGGCCCAGGUCUGCGCGGAAUAUUGAAGGAUGUUUGUUCCAAGAUCUCUGAAAAUCAAGAGGAAUGCUAAUGAAGAUGGCAAAAGUUGUGUAGCUAAGAAAAUGAAACCAGAAGCAGAAGAUCUUCAGUUGGACAAAGACAGAGAUGUUCCAGUUGAUCCUUUAGUUAGAAAAGAAGCUACAACACCAGACAGGCACACUGGUGAGUCUUGCCCCUUUCCCAGUCCAGCUGGCCAGUUGGCUGAGGUUUGUUCAGUAGGACUUGAGCAAUGUGCAAAGGACAGCCAUCCUUCUGAAGAGCCUGUUAAGUCAUUUUCCAAAACACAGCGCUGGGCAGAACCUGGAGAACCUGUCUGUGUUGUCUGUGGUCGAUAUGGAGAAUAUAUCUGUGAUAAGACUGAUGAAGAUGUGUGCAGCCUGGAGUGUAAAGCAAAACAUCUUCUACAAGUUAAGGAAAAGGACGAGAAAUUAAAAGUUAGCGAUCCACAGAAAGCUGAUUUGGAACCAGAGUCUCCACUGAAUGCUUUCUAUGUCUACAAAGAACACCCCUUUAUUUUGAACCUUCAAGAGAACCAGAUUGAAAAUCUUAAGCAGCAGCUGGGAAUUUUAGUUCAAGGGCAAGAAGUCACGAGGCCAAUCAUUGACUUUGAACAUUGUGGUUUCCCUGAGGCCUUAAAUCACAACUUAAAGAAAUCAGGUUAUGAAGUGCCAACCCCUAUCCAAAUGCAGAUGAUUCCUGUGGGACUUCUGGGAAGAGAUAUUCUGGCUAGUGCAGAUACUGGUUCAGGAAAAACAGCUGCUUUUCUCCUUCCUGUUAUCAUCCGAGCUUUAUUUGAAAGCAGAACUCCAUCUGCACUCAUUCUUACACCAACAAGAGAGUUAGCCAUUCAGAUAGAGAGACAAGCCAAGGAACUGAUGAGUGGCCUCCCACGCAUGAAAACGGUGCUUCUAGUAGGGGGCUUACCCUUACCCCCACAGCUUUACCGUUUGCAACAACAUGUUAAGGUUAUCAUAGCGACCCCUGGGCGACUUCUGGAUAUAAUAAAACAGAGCUGUGUAGAACUUGGUGGUGUAAAAACUGUAGUAGUAGAUGAAGCUGAUACCAUGUUAAAGAUGGGCUUUCAACAGCAAGUGCUUGACAUUUUGGAAAACAUUCCAAAUGAUUGCCAGACCAUUUUGGUUUCAGCCACAAUUCCAACUAGCAUAGAACAACUAGCAAGCCAGCUUCUUCAUGAUCCUGUGAGAAUUAUAGCUGGAGAAAAGAACCUACCUUGUGCCAACGUGCGUCAGAUAAUUUUGUGGGUGGAAGAUCCAGCCAAAAAGAAAAAAUUAUUUGAAAUUUUAAAUGAUAAGAAACUCUUUAAGCCUCCAGUGUUGGUGUUUGUGGACUGCAAACUAGGAGCAGAUCUGUUGAGUGAGGCUGUUCAGAAAAUCACAGGUCUAAAAAGCGUAUCUAUACAUUCAGAGAAGUCACAAGUGGAAAGGAAAAACAUAUUGAAGGGAUUACUUGAUGGAGAUUAUGAAGUUGUAGUGAGCACAGGAGUCCUGGGACGAGGCCUGGACUUGAUCAGCGUCAAGCUGAUUGUCAAUUUUGAUAUGCCUUCAAGUAUGGAUGAGUAUGUCCAUCAGGUUGGAAGAGUGGGGAGAUUAGGUCAAAAUGGAACAGCAAUUACUUUCAUCAAUAAUAAUUCAAAAAGACUCUUCUGGGAUAUUGCAAAACGAGUAAAACCCACAGGAUCCAUUCUUCCCCCACAAUUAUUAAAUUCCCCUUAUCUUCAUGACCAGAAGAGAAAAGAACAACAAAAAGAUAAACAGACACAAAAUGAUCUGGUUACAGGAGCUAAUCUUAUGGACAUUAUUAGAAAACAUGAUAAAAGUAAUUCUCAGAAAUGAUGUGUUACACCACUUUGAAUAAUUUUUUAUUGUGUAUAGUUGGCAUAAUUUCUGUAAAUUAUUAACUGUAUAGGUUGAGUAAAUAGACAUGUACAUAAAAAUUAUUUAAGAUAUGAUUUUUAAACAUUUAACAAAAUUUAUACAGCAAUAA